AUGCUCCAGAGUCACUCGGGCUCCGCCAUAAACCUACGCGAAUCCGCUCAAGGGACGUGCCAGAUCAACCACCCGUGCACGCUGCACCUGUCUCAGCACCUCCAUCCGGAUCGGCUAGCCGCCGACGUCACCGAGCACGAGAAGGACCUGAAGAAUCGUCACCGAAGCAUCGCCGUCGCGGUGACGGUUCCGGUCACAAAGACUUUAAUCACUGGCGCAUUGACUACAUUCGUCGUUCUGAUGAUUCAAAAUAAUUUAUCUCUCCAAACCAACCAAACCCACAUCAACGACCUGUUGGAACUGGCCGAAGCGCUAGUCUCCACGACCGCACCAGACUUCAGCACCCUGACUCGCUUCGCACACCAGCGCCACCUCCUGGAUUCCGUGGAUAUCCUGCAGCUGAUUGGUGCCGCCCAUCCGGAGUACGACACGGAUGUGAACAGUUUCGAUCCCGAGUACAAUGGACUGCCAAUUAGACAAAUUAUAACGGAACGUGGCAUCUGCUACGCACUCAACGCACCACUUGCCAGCACGCUGCAAGUCACCAAUUUGACGGGUUCGUCGGAUAAAACGGUCAACCAAAGGUCCGCGACUUGCACUUACACCAAAUACCAGUGCUACAUGAAAAUCGACACUUACGAGUCGACUAUUUCGUUUAUCAUCCAUUCUCCAACCGAGCUUGUAACAAGUGAUACUCCCUUCACGAUGAUGGGAACCUCCGACGAAGUUGUAGUAUCGUACGAAGUCCAAGAAACUGUCGCCAGUAAACGAUUACGGGACCUCACAGUAAAGCAACGCAAUUGUAUCUUCAACGACGAGCGCCACCACGGCUUGGAGUUUUACAGCUACAAUCUGUGCGUCAUGCGUUGCCGGGCGGCCAAAGCGCUGGAACUGUGCCAUUGCAAGCCUCACUUUUAUCCCUUCGUAGAUGGACCCACGUGCACCGUGGCCGGCCUGCUUUGCCUAGCGGAGCAACCUUCCGGGCGUUGGUACGACGAGAAGCUGUCCUGUCGGUGCCUGAAGCCGUGCACCGAAAUUGUCUACAUCCUGGUUGGGACGACCCAAAACCAGUGGAGAGCCGAGGGUGGCAUUCCGUUCAAACAGAGGACAUCCGUGCGGUGGGAGAUUCUGCAGCCCAAAACGCGACUGCUCCGGGAUGUGCUGUUCAGCUUUGAAGAUUUAUUGGUUUCGUUUGGUGGAGGCUUUGCACUUUUUAUUGGAAAGAACGUAUUUACGCUGGCAGAACUGUUCGAUUUUAUGCUACAUGAAGUUAUGGACAAAAUACACCGAUGGUUUCAAACAAGGGCAUAAACAACUUCUUUUUAGCAUGCG